AUCGUGAGCAAUGUACAAUCCUGAGUCAAAUUCCUCAUAUGUGUAUACAUACCUGGCAAAUAAAUCUGAUUCUGAUAAUUUAAUAACGUCGUAGUGAGACGCAUAAGAAUGAUUCAACGCAUAGCCUUUCACUUUGAUGCGACUGAAGUGCUUUCACUUUCUUUCAAGCAUUUAUUACACCCUUUUAAAGCACAUAUAUGCAUAUGAUGCAACACUGAGCUUAGGUUGUCAUCGUGUCUAAUUAUGCAGAAUUACAGUUGAGUAAUCCCCCUUUAAAAUUGAUAAACCAAUCAAAUAAACAAAUAGUUUCUUGCUGGUGCAAUUUCUUGAUCAUAGCUAAUUGACAAUAGUGGCAUCAGCUGUUUAGCUGAAAAUACGACUCCUGGUCAUAAACUUGGUCCAAACUCCAUGGACCUCUGGGCGUCCUUGAGAUGACACAAAGGGUUGCAAAGCCAAAUUAUCCCAGUUCAGAGGAAGUUAAGAAUGACUAACAAGUUGGCCAUUGUUUAUAACACCAUUUUAAAGUGGGUCUGACUGUUUUCCUGAUUAUAUAUUUGACUGGGUUUACAUAGACUGGGUUUGGUUACACAUAUUUGAUAUUUUUAAUACAUUUGUUUUUCAAAUGACUAGACAAGAUUAUAUCUUGAACCAGCUGUCACCAGAAAGCUUUGUUACAUUACAUUUGCUCCUGUUGCUUGCGUACUUUAAUUUGUGGUUGUAUGAUUCCUUUCAUGUUCAAGCUGUGUAUUCUGUACAGUACAGCAACACAUCCUGUACAGAUUUUUUUUUUCAGCCCUUUAAGCCUGAGUUUUGUCCCCCCCCCCCACACUUUAUUUUGCAAUUUGUCAUUUUUCCAGUUAUAACACUUUAGUUUGACCUAUCUCAGGUCUCAGUCACAUGAGAGGAUCAUCAGAGCUGAAUGGAAGUUAGUGAAAUAACUUACUCAUCUCAUCAUUUUCCAAACUCAAUUUAGAUUAGUUGCACUUUUACUCAAAAUUAUAAAUAGAUUUUACAUCUAGUUAUAUAAAAAAACAUUAUAAUACAUAUAUUAUAUUGCUUCUCAUUUAGUCUGUCAAAAAUCUAGGCACUUACUCAAAGACCUGUAGAAAGAACAACAUGCUGUAUCUCAGGACACACAGCACACAUUAACUGUGGCUUAUUGUUCCUGCAAAGACACUGAGAUUUGAGAAAAGUCAGCCAACUCCCCAGUGGGAAAUGAAUAGUUCGUAGUGUGGCGUUUCUGAAAGGAAACACUGAUUGGUCAGGCGACCUCUGAUGUAGGGGCUCAGCCCCUUCCUGGCUGACAGAAGUGUUUUGAGAUUUUUAUAGCCUUAAGUUUCUUCAAACAUCCACAUUCACAUCCGCACUUACACACACACACAACACUCCCUUGGUUCUGUUCUUUCAGUCAGCAUGAGUUAUCCACUGGUGAUUCUGCUCUGUGUGGGACUACUGCACCAGACCGCGAGGGCUGUCCUUAUGGAUAAACUAGCAGACAACAAGAAUUGUGGGGAUGCAGACUGCUCAUAUGUCCUCUCCAUGGCCACGGCCUUGGAAGACUUCAUAGCUCCUGACUGCAGAUUCAUCAACAUCAAGAAGGGUCAGAUGGUUUAUGUGUAUUCUAAACUCGUACCAGAGGAGGGUGCCGGAGUCUUCUGGUCUGGAAGCGUUUACAGUGAGCGCUAUGUGGACCAGAUGGGCAUCAUCGGAUACUUCCCUGCGACUGUGCUGAAGGAGACACAGAAGUUUACGGAAAACCCAGUUAAGAUUCCCACAACUGACAUGGACUUCUACUGUGAUUAAAGCAUGACAGAUUGAAGCCUCUUUCUUCUCAAGUCUUGCUUUUAGUGUCUCUGGCUUUAAUAAAGGAGAGUAGACAGUUCUUCUCCCCAGCUGGUGUUUCAUCCUGUGGCGUUGUCUCCAGCUGGAAUGAAAACCUGGACACUCUCAGCCCUCCAUAGCCCACAGUCUGACACCCCCCGUUGCUGAGCCAGCUAGUCAUUUCUGUCGUGCUUUGUCUUAACAAGACACAUUGCUCAAUAAACCAUUUUUCAUAUCAACAUAUAAUGUUGAUUACUUGAA